UCUUUAUUGAGUGUUAGAUCGCAACCAGAGAUCCUCAUAGAUCUAUAUACGAAGAUCAUAAAUACUUUCUUAUUUCGAUUUUCUUACGAUAAAUUUCAUCAAAAAUUUUAUUCGUUAAAGAAAAUUUGUUUAAACUUUCUCUACUAAAUAUAUAUUUAAUCACGUUUAUAUUUGGCAAGUAAAAGGUUUCAAAUAUUUUUUCUCGUCGCCUAAAUCAACAGAAAUGGCACCGAAAAGAGAAAUAAAAAAAGUACGUAAAGGAAUAACUAAAAAUAAAAAUGAACUGCGCUGUUUGAAAGGUGAUAAUUGUUUCAUCGAUACUUCAGAUAGUUCCGAUAGCGAUAGUUCUGAUUGCGAUUGUUCCGAUUGUGAUUGUUCCGAUUAUUCCGAUUGUUCGGAUUGUUCCGAUUGUUCCGAAUGUUCCGAUUGUAAUAACCAAUGUGAGUUGAUAUCACGUAAAAGUAAUAAAGGAAGGUCAAAGGGAAAGAUUUCGAAAAAGUCAAAAAAGACAAAAAGUAGAAAAACGAAAGCGUCCAAGAAAAAAUCUACACGAUCUACAAAACAAUCCUCGACCUCUUGCAGCUGUUCUUCAUGCGAUUGUUGUUCCAGUAGCGAUGGAGAGUGUUACGAGUACUCGUCAUUAAAAAAUAAAACACGUCGAUAAAAAAAGGCAUAAUUUAUGAUGAAAAGAAAAAAA